AUGGCCAAGCUGUUGACAGUUGUGGGAGCCACAGGCACUCAAGGACUGUCCCUGAUCAACGCCGCACUCGCAGAUGGCAGCUACAAGAUCAGGGGCCUGACGCGCAAUCCCAGCAGCGAGAAAGCCGCUGCCUUGGCCAAGCGAGGUGUUGAAGUCGUCAAGGCCGAUAUCAACGACGAGCAAUCGCUGAUCAAAGGCUUUGAAGGCUCGCACGCCAUCUUCGCCAUAACCGAUUUCUUCGAGCCAUUCGUGGCCCACAGUUUCAAUCCCGAAAAGGCGAUUGAAAUCGAGGUCACCCAAGGCAUCAACAUGGCCAGAGCGGCCUCCAAGACCGCUUCUCUAAAACACUACAUCUGGAGCACACUUCCCAACGGCAAGAAGCUGACCGACGGCAAAUAUAUUGUGCCGCACUUUGAAGGCAAGAACCGGAUCGACGACUACAUCCGCUCUGAUAAAGCCUUACUGGCCAAGACCACUUUCUUCUGGAUCACCUGGUAUGGGAAUAACUUUGCCUACCCCAUAUUCACACCGAAUUUCUUGAAAACAGCCAAUACCUACAUCCAACUCUCGCCCGCUCGCCCAGACACGCCCAUCAAAGCCAUCGGCGACCCGCACAAGAACAUCGGGAUAUUCGCCCUGUCCAUCCUCAGACAACCGAACCUCACGUUGCGUCCACAGGGCCGCUUCGUGCUCGCCCACAGCGAAGAUACCACGACCGGAAAACUGCUCAGCGACUGGACUGCCGUCACGGGCAACCCGUCUAAAUACGUCCAGACCUCGCUGGAGGACUUUAGCAACGUCUGGCCGGGUUUCGGGCUGGAGAUGGGCAUCAUGAUGGCCAUGUGGAACGAGUUGAAGGACCGGAGCUGGAGUGGUGAGGAGGGACUGUUGACCUGGGAGGAGCUCGGUAUCAAGCAGAGCGAGUUGGCUAGCGUCAAGGACGCUUACAGGACGAUGGACUGGGAGGCUCUGUUGUAG